UAGGUCAAAGUCUGAAGAAUGUCAUUUUAAUAAAUAGCAUUACACCCCUUAGGGGAGAACAAGUACUGCUGGGAAAUGUCACCUCUCCUAAAGUACGCAACAAAUGUUUCCGCAUGUAAGGAUAUCAAACAGUGAAAAGUAUCGAUAGAAAACCUACUACAACAUCAAACGCUUACAAGAAACCUUGAUCUUUUGGAAUGAUGGAUCUGAUUAUUAAACUGGGACUAUUCUUAACAAUGUGCACCGUUGUAUCUACAGAAGAUGUGUCGCAAUAUCAACCAACGUUAUUAACAAACCCAACAUCUAACACAAAAUAUAAGCCGACAUACAGUACGUUUGUACUGGAACAACCAAACUGCCUUUUUACUCAGUAUAAUACAACUAAUGUGUGGCUAGUUGUUGCAAAGAAUGACACUUAUUCCCAGAUUACUGAUACAAAUCUCAGCACCCCAGUCAAAUAUACGUCAUUUAUAAAUAAUCUUUCAAAUUAUUAUCAUACUCUACCUAUGCCAGCUGGAGCGUACCCAUGCUCAAACGGCUUAAUUAAUGCUUUGCUAAUUGGUUCACAAAAAAACUGUCCAGGAGAUACAUUCUGCAAUGGUCCACUGAAAAAUGAUACAUACAGAGUAAAAUUUAUUUUACUAUCAAGUACUGGAAUAUUUAAUCAAACACAAUGGUCUGAUACAAUUUUGGUUCCAAAACUGGAAGUUUUUCGGGAAAAAGUUGAACCUGAAGGCCGAAGUAGAGGAAUGAUUGUGCUAACUUCCAUACUUUCUGUUUUACUAGCUAUUUUGGUAAUAAGCUUAAUUGCUGCAUUAGCUAUUGGAAGUCGGGACAUUUGUUGGAAACAAACACUGAACUACGAUGUAGGUGUAUAUGGAAAUUUUGAUCAUUUAACCCGUGGCACUUAUAGAACACAUUAUGAGCAUUUCACCUCUUCAUCUUUUCGUGGCAGAAAACCACUUUCUGAGGACAUGUAAACAAAAAACAUUGUGUUUCUUUAUAACCAUACAGUAUAUGUAUUUGUUUUGUCACUGUAUACUGAUUUCAUUCUGUUGUGUACAUAGAAAUGAGAAAGAAUGUAUGCAAAUGUCAUUAAAGUAUAACUAAAGGCAAAA